AUGUGUCCCCCAACACGGUAAUUAAAUACCCCUCCCUCCUUCUUCCACUCUAUCUGCAUCCAUUCUCUUCCAUUUUCUACUCCCCCCAUCUCCUCCGUCCUCUCCUUCCGCAUUCCACCUCCGCCCUCCCCCCAUUCUCCUUCCCGCUAAUCCUCCCACUCCCCAUCCCUCCUCCUCCGUCCUUUUCCCCCUGUCUCUUUCCACAAUCUCCCCCCUUCCCUACUCUCUGUUCUAAUCUCUUACCCCCCGGUCGAAGAUCCUACGGCGAGAGCGACAUGCAAUCACGUAGGCUGCCAGGCUAAAACGUAUCGCACUGCCUCGUAUCGUAACUGCCUCGAUCGGCGUGCCGAAGAAGGUAGCGAUAUCCGGGGCUGUGUAUCCCCAAAACAGACAAAACUCUUCAAUCCCCAACCCUUAUCACUUCCAAAUUCCUCUCUUCCACUUCAACCACGCAGCUGCCCCCAUUCCACCACCCACAAUACCUCGAGCAAUUACUUUUUCCCGCAUCAGGUACUCAAUCAGAGAGACCGAAAUGCAUUCACGUAGGCUGCCAGUUCGCCCUGCAUUAAGCAGGGAUGUGAUCCAUACUGGAGUUCGGCGGACGUUUGGGAUACCUAAACAGUUCUAUUUAGGGACAGAUCGAAAAGGUGCCCUAAACAAAGCUGGGUUCACGACAUAGGCAGGCAGACCGCGGCUGGCAGACUGCUACACAUGCGGUCAAAACCAUCAAAACAGAACCAGUACUCUCUCUCUCUCUCUCUCUCUCUCUCUCUCUCUCUCUCUCUCUCUCUAACUUUACCUCCUCCUCCCUUUUGCGCCAUCCCAUAGGCUGCUAGGGCGAGUCAUCUCAUUCGUCCCUUUUCAGAAAAUCCCUGGGGCAACCGACCGGAAAAAAGGACGGCGCUUGUGGCUCGGGAACUGGCGCGCUAAAAGGUGGACGUUGCUGCACUCAGCGAGACCCGCUUCUCCAAACGAGGACAAAAAGAGGAGGUGUGUGCCAGCUACAACUUCCUCUGGGGCAGCCGCCCCAGGGCAGAGCCACGAGACGCGGGCGUCGUUCUUGCCCUCUCGAACAACAUCGUGGGACGACUGCCCUGUCUUUCGCAGUGCAUCAACCACCGGCUAAUGAGUCUUCGUCCACUCCUUCAGGAUCCAACUUCGCCGACAUCAUCAUCAUCAGCGCCUACGCCCCACCAAUGACUGGCCCAGACGAAGAGGAGGCAAAAUUCUACGAAGAUUUGCACGGCCUACUGGCGUCUGUGCCGAAGACGGAUAAGUUGAUUGUCCUUGGUGACGUCAAUGCCCGCGUCGGGACAGAUAGCAUUGACUGGGGGCAGUGCUGGGCAUUUACGGAAUCGUCGGCUGCAACGACAAUGCCCUGCGUUUUCUGCAGACCUGUGUUGAACACCGCCUUCUACUAG